AUGGCGGAAAAACCGCAGAUUUUGGAUCUUCGACGAUCAAAGAUGCUGGCCGCUAUGGGCAUACAGGUCUGGCAUCUGCGUCCAGCAGCGGGUGAGACCCCGGAGUCUGCUCCGGAACCGCCGUUGAAGCCCUCCCUGCCGGUGCCUGAUAGACCCGAUCCUGCGCCCGUGCCUGCGCCAGUCAAGACAACUGUGGAAACACCCACAACAUCGGCUACAGAGCCACCGCCGGUACCCCUGGAAUUUGUCUGGGUUAAAGGCACAGCAUCCAUGCUUGUUUUCAGUAGCGCUGCCAGUGCGGCAAUCAUUGCGCAUGCCAAGGAUGUGCUCCGUUAUGCAGAUUGGCGGACACAACACAGUGCGCCAAGCUCACUUAAGACCGGCGAGUUUAAGUGGCCGCAGCUGUUGGAUACAACAACCGGGACACCUGGGCGGGCAUUGGGUGUGUUUAUUGAAAAGCACUUUCCUGAUGAAUGCCCCUGGUUUCUGGUGGCGGAUGAUCUGGCGGACGAUCUGCUGCCCUGGUUGCGUCAAUGUUUGCCAGAUAUGGAAAACACUCCAGCAGAUCGGCUAACCCACCGGGAGAUGUCUCUCACCGACCUCGAUCAGGCAUCUUUAUGGAUUGUUUUCGAGGGUAAUGGUCUGGGUCGUGUCUUUAUGCAUCACCUUAUAAAACUUGUUGGUAAGUUGGGCGCGCAGACAAUGUUCCUGGAGGUGGGUCUGCGCAAAGAUUAUUAUCAGUCAGAAGAUGGGCGGGAAGUUAUUCAUCCUGUGCAGAACGCCAUAGAAAAUCGGCGCACGUUCGCCAUCAUCUCGCACCCGGAUGCGGGUAAAACAACCAUGACCGAAAAACUGCUGUUAUUCGGCAAUGCCAUCAAGCUUGCUGGUGCAGUUAAAUCCCGUAAAACGGACCGCCAUGCGAUGUCUGACUGGAUGACGAUGGAGCAGGAGCGGGGUAUUUCCGUGACCACCUCAGUGAUGCAGUUUCCGUAUCGGGGCCGCACAGUCAAUCUGCUUGAUACACCGGGGCACGAAGAUUUUUCUGAAGACACGUAUCGAACGCUGACGGCAGUGGAUUCCGCGCUCAUGGUUAUUGAUGGUGCCAAAGGUGUGGAACCAAGAACCAUCAAAUUGAUGGAAGUCUGUCGUCUUCGUGACACCCCAAUCAUUACGUUUAUCAAUAAGUUAGACCGUGAAGUUCGCGACCCAAUAGAAGUCAUGGACGAGAUCGAAGACAUUCUGCAGAUUGAAUGUGCACCGAUGAACUGGCCCAUUGGUAUGGGGCGUGGUCUGAAAGGCAUAUACGAUCUGGUCAAUGAUCGAAUUAUCGAAUACCGACAGGGACAGGGGCAUCAUGUUUAUGAAUUCAACGUGAUCAAAGGACUGGCCAGCGAUGCAGCCAAAACAUUGCUGGGACAUGAUUACGCUGACGUAUGUGAUGAAAUUGAACUGGUACGAGGUGCAAGCCACACGUUUAAUCACGAAGAUUUUUUAAAAGCAGGGCUGACGCCGGUUUAUUUUGGCACUGCAUUGGGAAAUUUUGGCGUCCAGCAGAUGCUUGACGGCUUUGCGACUUAUGCACCACCGCCCCAACCUCGUGAGAGCAUGGAACGUCUGGUUGAUCCUGGUGAAGACAAGUUUUCAGGUUUUGUUUUCAAAAUACAGGCGAAUAUGGAUCCCAAACACCGGGACCGCAUUGCUUUUUUGCGGGUCUGCUCGGGUCGCUAUGAACAGGGCAUGAAAAUGCAGCAUCUGCGUUUGGGUAAGUCCAUCAGAAUAACCGAUGCAGUCACGUUUAUGGCGGGUGAUCGUACCCACGCUGAAGAAGCAUUUGCAGGUGACAUCAUUGGCUUGCACAAUCAUGGCACGAUCCAGAUCGGUGAUACGUUCACUGAAGGCGAGGCGCUGAAAUUCAAAGGCGUACCAAAUUUUGCCCCUGAACUGUUCCGUCGAGUGCGGGUGAAAGAUCCUUUGCGCUCCAAGCAACUUGAAAAGGGUAUUACUCAGCUUGCUGAAGAAGGUGCUUCCCAGGUUUUCUUUCCGCUCAACAAAAAUCAGAUUGUUGUAGGCGCAGUUGGCGUCCUCCAGUUUGACCUGGUGGCCUAUCGGUUGCAGGACGAAUAUCGCGCGGAAUGUAUCUGGGAAGACGCCAGCAUCGCCGCUGCCCGCUGGGUACAGUGUGAAGAUGAAAAAAUGCUUACGGAUUUUAAGAAUAAGAACCAGGAAAACCUCGCCAUAGACGGUGGUGGUUACCUGACUUAUCUGGCAACCAGCCGGGUCAACCUGCAGGUGGUGACAGAGCGCUGGCCGGAUGUGAAGUUUACCAAAACCCGCCAUCAGGUCACCGUUGCUGAAAACGGUGAACAGGCUGUUGAUUGUGUCAGUAAAGACGUCUUCGAUCUGGUCAUUACUGAUCUGAUCAUGCCAGAGAAGGAAGGCCUCGAGACCAUUGCCGAUAUUCGACGGCAGUAUGCGCAGCAGCAGCGUAGAACAACCAUCGUGGUAUCGACCGAAGCACUGACCUUGCAGAUUGUAGAUGCCGCAGGUCGUCAGGGCAGCGAAGUAGAGCUGGCGUUGUUGGUUGCACAGAUUAUAGAUCCACCUGAGAACCCCGCACAGUUCGUGCAACGUAUGCAGGUUUCGCUGAACGACCUUGCACAAUGUGUAGAUCGCAGUGAUGCGGAUGUUGUCGAUGGCGUUCUGCAAACUCUGCAGCAAGCCGGUUUCAGCCAGCCCAGUCAGCCACAACAAAAGAUCACGGAGCACCACAGCCAUCUUGGGUGGGUGUUGCAGAAUCGGCAGGGCAUCCCUAUUUCUCUGGCGGUUGUGCUCAUUGCCGUGGUCAUUUUCUGGUUAACCUUGAAGGUCGACUGGUUGAUCCGUUGA